AUGCGUACCAGUGACCCCAACAAUAUCUGGCAAUACCACAUAGUACAAUGGGGCAUUGAAUUCCCUUCGAUCCUCCACCUAAUCCUCGCUCUAUCCGCACUACAUCUAGCCUACGAGCACCCCGAAGAACGAAGUAAAUACCUACAACAAGCAGACAACCAUUUCACCUUCGGCGUACGAACAGUCACCAAUUUCUUUUCCCUCGAGGAUCUGGACGAGAAGAACUGCCAGAAAAUAUACAUGUCCACAACUCUAAUCGUUUUCAUAUACUUCGGCCGAGGACCACGACCAGGCGAAUACCUUAUCUUCAGCGACGCCGGUCCAGCAGAGUGGCUCGUCCUCAUGCAAGGCGUUAAAUUGACCGUAGGGUCAUAUCACCAAAAGGUCUUUAGUGGGAUUCUCAAGCCUGAGCCUCCAGAGCCGUUACCAGAGAUCAGCCCAUCGAUUGGUCUGGAGCUUCACGAGCAUACAGUGUUCACGCAGGCAGCACAGCGACUCGUCGAACGAGAGGUCACAGAUGAAUCGGUUCUUCAACUAUAUACCUCUGCUCUCAAUGAUCUAUACGAUAUCAUGAAUCAGGUUCACAAACGGAGAUCUGCACAGCAGUCAGGGGUUGCUUUGAUGGAUCUAUUGAUCGGGUGGCUUUAUCGACUACCUGAAAAUUUUAUCCGGUUGCUAGAGGAGAAAGAGCCUCGAGCCCUUGUGGUACUUGCCUACUGGGCUGUCUUGUUUCGAUAUAUGGAAACGGCUUGGUUUAUGAAGGGAUGGGCUGAGCAUGUUCUUUCGGGUGUUUCUAUGUUUCUGCUGCCGGAGUAUCAGCCGUGGAUUGAGUGGCCGUUAAAGAAGGUACGGGAAGUAUAG